UUAAACAAAGUAAAGCCUCCAGCCUCGUUACUUUGUGCAACUUUUUUCUCCGUUUGCGAGAGACGAGCAAGCGCCUGUUCGUUCCUUUCAGACGCGCCUUGGGCACGGACGGCGCCGGCCGAUGUCGGUGCUUCGGCGGCUACGCAGCUCCCUGCGCCAGGCUUUUCCGAUCGGACCGCACCGCGGCUGCUAGAUGACAGCGGGACCUCUGGGUCUGCUGCCCCGGACACUGGACCGUAAACCUAAUCGUACAAUUUCAACGCCCCUGCCCACAGCCAUGCUCAUGUAUGACCACCCGGCCAACACCAACGUGGGGGCGAUGUACCAGAAGUUCUCCAGCUUGAAAUCCCAGACGGAGACCAUUAGGGUGCUCUUCUCCCCUACGCCCCCCGGCGCCAUGGGUCCCCUUCAGCUGAAUCAGCACCAGCAGGACAUCCAUGACCUGCAGGAGCACCAGGCCGCCGUGACCCGGCUGCCCGGCGCCAGCUCUUCGCAGCUGGAGCCUGUGGACCUCUCCCUCACCAAGCGGGGCUCCCCUUCCUCGUCCCGUGGCUCGCCGGUACCCCUUAUCUCCGGCCUGUCAGGGCUGCAUCACCAGUCCAAGCGACUGGGCCCGGUGUCCCCGCCCGGGGCCGGCUCGCCCCCGCUCCGCCACAGUCCCGCCGACGUUCCCAUACCCUUCCCGAUGCUGACGCAGCUGCUCCCGAACGCACCCCCAGGAUCCGGCAUGAUCCCCGUGCUUCCCAGUGUCAUGCUCCAGCCGCUCUCCAUCCUCUACCCCUCCCCCCUUUCCCUGCCCCAAUCCAUCUUAGUGCCUCCCCUCCCCGGGGAAGAUCUGCACCCCCACAGGCAAGGAUCCCCCAUGAGGUCCGCGGACCUGUGCCAAGAGACCCACAAUAUGCUGAAGCCCAUUAAGUCCGAGCCGCCCGGGGAGCACCACCAGGACGCCCUCGGCGAGGAGGUGACCUCCAUCAUCUCGGCACCCCGCCUAUACGCCGAGAGCAACAGCCCGUCGGUGAUAAGGCUCUGCGGCAAGCACCCGCCCCCGGCAGAGUCCCCGGACACCCUAAAGAAGCGCCGUGUUCACCGCUGUGACUUUCCCGGCUGCAACAAGGUGUACACCAAGAGCUCGCAUCUCAAGGCUCACCGACGCACGCACACAGGCGAGAAGCCCUACAAAUGUAUGUGGGACGGCUGCACGUGGAAGUUCGCCCGCUCCGACGAGCUCACCCGCCACUUCCGCAAGCACACUGGCGUCAAGCCCUUCCAGUGCCCCGACUGCGAACGCAGCUUCUCCCGUUCUGACCACCUGGCCUUGCACAAGAAGCGCCACCUGCUGGUGUGAGCCAGGAGAGCGCCUCCCUCCUACUCCCCACUCCCCCGUGCUGGCCACAUACUCACGGGACCAUAAAGGCCACUCCGACACCUGCGACGGUACUCAUUUGGGGUUUUUACCCAAAGUGGGGACACGUGUCCCUUCAAAGGAAGACCCUGCCCCAUUCUCCUCAUGUCACUUUUCGCUCCCUCGAACCCUGACCCGAUGACCGCUGCAUUAGAUGCGUGUCCCCAUCCCUGUCCCCUCCCAGCCCUCAGAUGGCACAGAUGCUCAGCUGGCAUGAGCAGACUCUGCAGGCUGGAGUCACACGGGACACGGGCAUGGCCCAGACAUCGUUCACGAAGUCCAGGCCACACCUACACAAUGUGAAUCCUUUCAAAGACUAUGCAAACGUUUCUCUUUCAUCCGGAGGGCUUAAAUGAAAUGUAUACCUUUUUUUUCCUAUAGUUAGCAGUGCAGAAAUACAUUUUAUACUCGCCGCUGAGCUGUGUUCUAGAACUUUCCACACAACAUGCAUGUCUCGCAGUGUCGCCGAUCAGUGGAGGAUCCCUGCCUCUCUGUUGUGACGUCGUCGGAAUGUCAGCGAUAUGAUGGAAAUGAGCAGAAACGGAUUCCUCUCACGGGUGGGAGGAAACCUCCGGUUUUAAUUUUGUGCAGAAACCUUGAGCACUGCACCCUCCAGCCUAAAGGACACGUCUGUGGGCCUGUCCAGCACGUCGCGCAUCAUUCCAGGGCUUUGGCACCAUCUACCGCCGGCAUUGCUUUUCAGUUCCGCUGCACAUUUUCACUCAAGUCAGCACCUGUGACGCUGAAGAUUUCCUUUCCUUUGUGGGCCCAAGGUCUGACUGGGCCCUUCCUGUCCGUUUAGCGAGGGCGUCCGCUGGCCCCGUGUGGCUCCUGGGUCAAGGGCUUCCUCUUCCUCUGCCCCUCCAGGGUCUUCCUGUUGGCUGCCAGUGGCUGGAUCAAAGGCUCCGCCCACAGAAUGACUCUCCACAUACUGCUUGGCGGGUUUUUCCUCGUAAAAUGUGAACCGUGUCAUCUGGGCAUUAUUGUUGUGUUGAGAGAUAUUUAGGCUGGUUUUGGGAAGCAAUAGCAUGUAUAUUUCAUUGUGUCUCUGUCGUUUUCUAUAUGACAUUUUGUUAGGCAAAGUAAAGUGCAAAGAAGGGACAAGCUUGUUGGUAUAGCUGGUUGUUUUAUAGUUAUUUAACGGGCCAAAUUCAUGCUGUGUGCUCUUGUAAAGCAGGAAUAUUCCAUAGAUAACACGUUUUAAGUUUACUAAUCUCCAGUGAUUAAUCUGAGGUUAAGAUAUGAGUAAUUAUACUUUUCCUUCCCUUUAAAUGCCACUUAAGGGCAAAAUGUUGUGCAUUUUAAACAUACUCAAACCCUAAGUCUUCCAUCCCUAAAUAUUUUAUGAGGCUUCCCUAAAAUAAAUACAUUUUUUGCACUUUAAUAUAGUUAAAGAGCCAAAUUCUCAUCCUGGUUCCCCCCCCUACGAUCUAUCUGAGCUGUGUGUAAACUGUUGAAUUGGAUGCCCAACACUGUACAGUUCAGAAUGGCAGGUUAUACUCCCCUCUCUUUAUGCUUGUGGUUGUACUGUGAUGCUGACACAAACGCAAAUUAUAAAGUAUUCAUAAAUUACACAGUUGUUACUAUGUGUGUGCAUAGCUUGUAACCAUGUUAUCUUGAUACUAUAAUCAAACGAUAUACUGCAGUAAUAUACCACAAACACAAAGCUGCAAAUGAGUGAUUUUUUUGACAGAAACUAUUUUCACCAGAUAACGUCAGAAAGAAGGCGUUGUGUUAGAGCACAAGUCUUCAGUGUGUCCACGGUCACGUCUCCACGGCUUCCUGUGACGGUGCAAGAGUUUCCACUCGCAAAAUUAUAUAUUUUGUAGUUCUUUUUUAAAGCUUUUCUUGCAAAAAAAAUUUUUUAACAAAAAAUUGUAAUAUAUUUUGUUAAGACUGAAUGGGUUAUUAAAGGUUUUAAAGCAUGAUUUUUUUUUUUUUUGUUGCAUUGUAUCACAAAGAAUUUUAUGCAUUUCUGUAAAGAUGUGAAUUUUGUACUGAGCUCUUUUCCUAUAAAGAUCUUUUAGGUUGGCAGUUCGAAAGGGAACUUUGUAAUGACAUAAUGUCAUAUCAAACUGUGAAGAUAAAAACAGAAUGUACAGUUUUAUAUGAACAUUCUAGCUUAAUGUAUUACUAUAUAUAUAUAUAUAUAUAUAUAUAUAUUAAAUAAACGCUUUACAAUACUGCAUUUGA